AUGACUUUUGAAGUUGAAUUUCAAGAUCAAGUUUUCCAGAAUUUACUUGAUCCUGGAAACAGAAGAUUUGCUAGCAAUUACACCAAAGAUUUGAGUAUUCUUGGAAGAGAUCUUUCAAAAACUGUAAUUAUUGACAAUUGCCUUCAAUCAUUUGCCUAUCAAAUUGACAAUGGAAUUCCAAUUGAGAGUUGGUUUGUUGAAAGGAAUGAUACAGAAUUGUUGAAGUUGAUACCUUUUUUGGAGUCUUUAAGUAGAGAGGGUCAGGAUGUCCGUCCACGUAUCCGUGAACGUUAUCGAAUUCAUGACAUUCUAAACAACAGCUGUGCCUGGACUAACAACAGCAGCAACAAUUCUCUUCUCGAUUCUACAACAAAUUCUCAAGAUUUUGGUGAAUAUAAUGUUGGAAAUGAAAGUGAAAUUUAUUCUUAA